CUUCACCUCAUUCUUCUUCCUCUCACUCUCUCUCUCUCUCUCCCCGAUCCAUUUUUACUUUCUCUGGUUCUGUAACACUUCGUCUCACGGCAAAUCAAAACGCAUACGUUAUAUCUGAAUCUUUCUACUGUCCAAUAACAGAAAAAAAUUGGACAAGAGAAUGAAAAAGGCCAGCUCAGAGAAGCUAGAAUUUCUCCAGAAAUGGAUGGAGGGUAUGGAGAAAUGUAAGUCUCUGAAGAAGAACAUGAGCUUGUCGGAGAGGAAGAAGACCAUAAAAGUGUCAGCAGAUUUAGCGAUGGCUUGCAGCAGAACUGAAACCAAGUGUUGGAGCCGAGCCCUUAUUGCCAAUAUUGCUUCGAGAGACCACAACAGCAAAGUCCUGACGCAGCACGUAAUAGGGUCCUCAUCAUCACUGUGCUUCAGCCUAACAAAGCCUUACACUUCUUCUUCUUCUUCUUCUUCACUGGUUAGGAACAAGAGGACACUACUUAACAGCAGCAGGAAGAUCAUGAAGAGAAGGAGCCGUACAGUCCGUAGUGGAGCGAAGAAGAAGAAAACAGCUAUGGCGGAUUCCAUUGCAAGGAAGCUUGUCCAAAAGAGAAGAGAAAAGCUUAAGAGGCUUGUUCCAGGUGGAGAUCUUAUGGACGAUGAUGUGACCUUGAUUGAAGAAACCCUAGAUUACAUUCAAUCCCUCCGAUCUCAAGUUCAAGUAAUGCGUCGUCUUCUCACUACCUCUCAGCUCAUGAAAUGUUCCUAAAUUAAUUCACUCGGUAUAUAUAUAUAUAUCUAUAUAUAUCUAUAUAUGUAUAACGUAUAUUGCCCCUUGUUUUUCUUUUCCUCUUGGCAAAGCUAGCCAGAAAUGAAGGAGAAAGGACGUCCUAGCUCCAGCUUAAUGAAAGAUAUAUAUGUAUAAUUAAGUAAAUCAAAGCUUUAUUCGGAAGCCAUUAAUUAGUCGUUUGUUUA